UCACCUCGUCGCAUCGUCGCAUUUGCAACACCACGUUUCUUAUCUGGCUUAUACUGUUGAUAUGGAGUAAUCCGUUUGCUAUCGAUUGAAUCCGAGCCCAAUCGUGCAUGAAUUGUCAAGCACCAUCCUCCAUAUCGGGUUUCGACGCAUGCUUAUGCACAACCCGAGGAUUCUCGAGUCACACUAUCUGAUUCGAACCUGGCCGUUAUCUAUAGAGUUGGAUAAGGUCAUCGCAAAUGCUCUUCUGUUUACUCCGCCAUUGAGAGACAUACAUACCAUACCACGUCCACACCACUACGACAUGAGACUAUCACUGGUGGGGCGCAGAACAUCCAGCGCACUACUACUUUUCCUAGCCAUUGCCUUGCUAGCCAAGCUAUCAGCAGCCCAAGACACAACAGACGCCAACGAUGCCGCAACCACCGACGAUGCCACCGCAACAGCGACAUCCGCCGAAACAACAGAUACAGGAACAAGCACCACCGACGCCUCGACUUCGUCUUCGACCGACUCCUCAACGACAUCAUCCUCAAGCUCAACGAGCAGCAGUUACCCCACCGUAACCGUCCCACCAACAGCAGGUGCGCCCUACAUGCAAACAUCUAGCACCCCGGAGGGGGCUGUCUUCAUUGCUGUUGGUGCGGUGUUGGGAUUUCUAGGACUCGCGGUCCUGGCAUGGCGCGGGUUGGUUGCGUGGUCUGUGAAUCGGUCUGUUCGGCAGCAGGCUGCUGCGAUGCAGUCGUCUGAGAAGAGGGGGUUGUUGAGAAGUAGGAGGAGGAGGUCAUCCGCACGGUCGAAGUCGAGGUCCAGAUCCAGAUCGGGAUCGAUGCCUAGAGGGCAAUUGCCGAGUGGUAUUCCGGAUAACGCGCCUGCUGGAAAUGCAACUGGGGGAGAAUACGAUCGUCACCACCACCGCCGUCGAAGCGGAAGCGGAAGUCGUGGACCCCCAAGAAUGAGAGAAGUUCCGGGCUCAAGCAACGCGCUAUUCUUCUCCCCAACCGCUGGAGCAAGCAUGCACAGUGGGAAACGGUCGAGCCAGCACCACUCAGGCUACGGCUAUGGCCACGGCUACGGCACUGCAAGCACUAGCACACCCCGUGCAAGCACCGGCCCAAUCCCAACAAGUGCAAGUCUAAGCGCAAGCGAACGAUACCAACCACCUUACAAAGGAAAACGUGCAUACCCCCCUCCACCGCGCGCGCGGAAAAUCCCAAUAGUCAGCCCGCCGGUUUCGCCGAAUCCACGUCUUGCGGGUGAUGCUGGUGGCUACACGGGUUUGGGUCAUUCAAGAUCGUUGUCUGGCGAUAGUAUGUCGAGUGGUAGUUUGAAUCCGAACCAGGUGUCGCCGCCGCAGGGGAGGGCGCCGAGUGAGUAUUUGGAAGAUUUGUUUGAUGGCCAUGCGAGGCCGGGACCGGAUUGGAAUCGAAGGUGAUGUUGAUAUUGAGGGAUUGGUUAUGAUAUAUGAAAGUCAUGUCUAUUUUAAUGCAGCGUUAAGUAUGACGAGGAUGACAAUAAUGAAGCACGAUUACCCACAGUAAAAGAAAAAAAAAACAUAGAAAACUAUUGCCCAAUUUUAUAUGCAUAAGCCACGCACUACUCCACUGCCCUAAACAAACAUAUCUUGAAAAUUUCAGUCAUCUCAAAGGAAGAAUAUAAAGAGACAUAUAAGAAAGAAAUGAUAAAAAGAAAAGCCAGACCUAAUAUUUAACAGA